AUGAAGACCACCUGGAAGGAUAUUCAACCGGUUCCCACCUCCCAGGAGUUCCUCGAUAUUGUGUUGAGCAGAACACAGAGACGAUUGCCCACACAAAUUCGUUCAGGAUUUCAAAUUACCAGAAUUAGAGGUUUCUAUACCAGAAAGGUAAAAUUCACAGCAGAGACUUUCUCCGAGAAGCUCUCUCUCAUUUUGGACGGAUUCCCACGAUUACAAGAUAUCCACCCGUUCCACAAAGAUCUUCUCAACACUCUCUACGAUGCCGACCAUUUCCGAAUUGCUCUAGGACAAUUGUCGACCGCUAAACAUCUCAUUGAGAUCGUUUCUCGCGAUUAUGUUCGACUUCUCAAAUAUGGUCAAUCCCUUUUCCAAUGUAAGCAGCUUAAGCGUGCUGCAUUGGGACGAAUGGCCACCAUUUGCAAAAGAUUGAAGGAUCCUCUCCUGUAUCUCGACCAAGUUCGUCAGCAUCUCGGUCGUCUUCCAUCGAUCGACCCAAAUACGAGAACGCUUUUGAUCUGUGGUUAUCCCAACGUCGGAAAGUCUAGUUUCUUGAAGAGUGUCACCAGGGCCGAUGUCGAUGUUCAGCCAUAUGCUUUCACCACCAAGAGUUUGUUCGUCGGUCAUUUCGAUUACAAAUAUUUAAGAUUCCAAGCAAUUGAUACGCCCGGUAUAUUGGAUCAUCCUUUGGAAGAGAUGAACACAAUUGAAAUGCAAUCUAUCACUGCCAUUGCGCAUUUGAGAUCUGCCAUUCUUUACUUCAUGGAUUUGUCUGAACAGUGUGGCUAUACCGUUCAAGCGCAAAUGCAGCUUUUCUUGAGUAUCAAACCUCUUUUCGCCAACAAACUCGUUUUUAUUGUCAUCAACAAGAUUGAUGUCACACGCCCCGAAGACUUGGACCCAGAAACUCAGGCUCAACUUCAGGACCUUCUUAAGCCUGGAGAUGUUGAGAUGCUGCAACUCUCUUGCACAACUGCUGAGGGAGUUCAAGAAGUAAAGAACGCCGCAUGCGAGCGUCUGAUCGCGGAUCGUGUUGCUCAAAAGCUCAAGGCUGGUACCAACAGCAGUGGUGCUGUUGGCGGAAGGUUAGGUGAUGUUCUUGCAAGAAUUCACGUUGCGAGACCUAUGGAUGGUAUUGUCCGAGAACAUUCCAUUCCAGAAGCUGCCUUGGCCAAGAAGAAGUAUGACAGAAGCGAUCCAGAGCGCAUUAAGCUUGCUCGUGAUCUCGAGGAAGAGAAUGGUGGAGCUGGAGUUUACAAUGUAGAUUUGAAGGAUAAGUACAUGCUCGAGAAUGAUGAGUGGAAGCAUGACAAGAUCCCCGAAAUCUUCGACGGAAAGAACGUUUACGAUUUCGUGGACCCCGAUAUCGAGGCCAAAUUGGCCAGCUUAGAGGAGGAAGAAGAGAAACUCGAAGCAGAAGGAUACUACGACUCCGACGACGACCUCGAGGAUGCCGAAGACGCCGAGAUCCGUAUGAAGGCCGACCUUAUCCGCGAGAAACGCGAACUCAUCAAGAACGAUGCUAAGAUGAAGAAAUCCCUCAAGAACCGUGCCCUCAUUCCCCGCUCCGCCACUCGCAAGAAGCUCUCCGAGAUGGAAGACCAUCUCGACUCUCUCGGUCACGACACCACAUCUCUUGUCGCCCGUGCCCGCUCCCAAUCUAGAGGCCGCAGUCAAGUACGCAGCCGUGCACAAACUGAAGAUGCUAUGGAUGUUGAUGAUCCUGCAUAUGAGGCUAAGAUGCGCGCCAAGAGUAGGGCCAGAAGUCAGGCAAACAGAAGAGAUGAUGGUGUCGCAGGAAACGAGGAGUCCAAGACAAAGGCUGAGCGUGCCCAGAAACUCGGCCAGAGAAAGAUGAAUCGUAUGGCGAGACAAGGUGAAGCUGAUAGGCAUGUUGCUGGUGUCAGACCUAAGCAUUUGUGGAUCCCCACGGCCACAACUUCCGAAGCCACAAACGAGACUGCCGCCCAGAACAACCGUUUUAAGUCUUGGGCGUAUUCUCGUCCCGUCGUUAUGGUCCGUCGAGUCCCACCACCUACCUCCACUGCCGAAUACGCGUCUCAUGAUCCGAGAUGGGUUCAAACUACCGCACCGCCGGUUCAAUAA